AUGUUCUUCCUCCACAAUCUCGAGCGGCGCGUCACGCUGCAUCCGUCCUACUUUGGGCGGAACAUGCACGAGCUGGUGACGACGAAGUUGGUCAAGGACGUCGAGGGAACCUGUGCCGGUGAUUACUAUAUCAUCGCCAUCAUGGACACCUUCGAUGUGUCCGAAGGUCGCAUUCUCCCCGGGAGCGGCUUGGCCGAGUUUACCGUGGGCUAUCGUGCCGUGGUCUGGCGGCCGUUCAAAGGCGAAGUGAUCGAUGCCAUCACCCAGACGGUGAACCCGCACGGCUUCUUUGCCCAGGCCGGGCCAUUGCGUCUGUUUGUUUCCUCGCACCUGAUGCCCGACGAAAUCCAAUACGAUGCCAGCGCCACCCCGGCGCAGUUCACCAACAACGCCGACAUCGUCAUCGAGCAGGGCACCCACGUGCGGGUCAGGAUCAUUGGCUUGCGGACCGAGGUCGGCGAGAUGUGGGCCAUCGGCAGCAUCAACGGUGACUUUCUUGGCUGCCUCCAGGCAUAG